GGACAAACUUGGUCCCCUUGCUUUCAUGCUGGGGACUUUAAUUUGGACCACCAACUUUAUUUUUUUAUUUUUUCCUGUUAUAAACCAAUCUUUCUGGCUUUAUUCAUCUUCCAUUUCAUCUUGUAUGAAUUGGAAACACAAGAAAAACUUAGAGAGUAAGUGUUUGUGUUUGUGUCAUAUCUCUGAUGGGUAACAACAAGUUCAAGUUGUCAGAUAUGAUACCAAAUGCUUGGUUUUACAAGCUGAAAGAUAUGAGCAGAUCAAGGAAGAGAAAUGGUUCUCAUGUUAUGAAGAGUAAAGUGUCUUCACCAACAACAUCACAAAGGUCUCUGCCAAGAUAUUCACAGUAUUUUUCCACUGAGCCAAUAAGAGCUGGUAAGCUAUACAACACUCCCAUUCACACCAAAGACUUGGACUUGCCAUUCACUGAUUCACCUAGAAGGUCUUCCAAGAGAAGGGCUAGGAGAAAAACCAUCUACAAGCCUUCUCCCACUGUCGUUCCCUCUUCCGGCUAUGACUCCCCAAAUCAUUGGAUCAAGCCAUGUCAAGUUCAGUCACCAGAUUAUGAUGUGUCUUCAGCUGAAAGCUCUUCUGAGUCUGAUCUUCAUGAAUAUGCUUAUUCUGAGUCUGAAUGUGACAGCUUUUCUGUUCCUGACUUGUUUAAUGGAGUAGACACUAAUUGCAGCUGCAGAGUUAGCUCUUCCACUAAUGACAUCAUCAUUGACAUGAACAGUGAGUCCUUCAUUGGGAAUCCUGAAAAGCAAGAUGGGUUUAAUGCAAUUUCACAGCUUGGUCUUGCUCCAAUAUUGACAAGGCCAAUGAAGUUUGAUGAUAAGGUCAUCGAAGCAGCUGAGUUGAGGAGUUCAACGGAUUUGGAUGAGCUGCAGGAUGAUCAGUCUUUCUCAAUUGAGAUUCUCAAAGAGGAAUGCAAUAGAAUUCAAAGGAGGAGAAAAAGCAGUCAUAGAAAGCCCUUUGCUAAUUCUGCAGGCAUAAGGCUUAGGGUCCAUUCUCCAAAACUUGCAAGCAGAAAAAUUCAAGCAUGUGCAAGGAGUGUGUCACCCAUUUCAAGAAAAGCUCCAAGGAGUACAGGCUUCCUAGAUGGAUUUGCUGUUGUUAAGUCCUCAUUUGAUCCACAGAGUGACUUCAGGGAGUCAAUGCUGGAGAUGAUUGUGGAGAACAAUAUCCGCGCAUCAAAGGAUUUGGAGGACUUGCUUGCCUGCUACCUUUCCCUCAAUUCAAGUGAAUAUCGUGAUCUCAUUGUUAAAGCAUUUGAGCAAAUUUGGUUUGACAUGACUCAACUAAGAAUGUAAAGAUCUUAUUGUUAUCCAAUGCAUAUUUAUUUAUAGUCUUGUAACUA